AUGGACACGCCUGAGCCAGCGGCACCUCCAGAGAUGAGGCCUUCGUUCACUUUCCCUUCGCCCCAAGAAACUCUUGAUGCGCAAACCCAGUUUGGGGAUGAAGAUUCCGAUGGUGUCUCCCAGCAUCGAGUAAAUCAGUACACAAUCCUGGAGGAAAUUGGGAGAGGCUCUUAUGGCGCAGUUCAUCUUGCCAAAGACCAAUUCGGUCAGGAAUAUGCCGUUAAAGAGUUCUCUAAAGCUCGCCUUCGAAAACGGCUUCAAUCAACCAUCCUCAGACAAGGUCCUCGAGGUCCGAGGCGCAUGGGUCCUGGUGCCGGAGGCCCUUUCAACGCUACUCCCCGCCUCGUCAAUGAUACUAAUGAUGCGCUGCAUCUCAUACGGGAAGAAAUUGCAAUCAUGAAGAAGCUCAACCACCCUAACCUUGUCCAGCUUUACGAGGUUCUGGACGACCCCGAAGAGGAUUCUAUCUACAUGGUCCUCGAGAUGUGUCGGAAGGGUGUCGUAAUGAAAGUUGGGUUGGAUGAGCAGGCUGAACCCUAUUCAGAGGAGAACUGCCGCUACUGGUUCCGAGAUCUUAUAUUAGCCAUUGAAUACUUGCAUGCGCAGGGUGUUAUUCACAGGGACAUCAAACCAGACAACCUGCUUCUGUCUAAUGAUGAUGUGCUAAAGGUCGUUGACUUUGGGGUUUCCGAGAUGUUUGAGAAACCAGACAACAUGAGAACAGCAAAAUCUGCAGGCUCUCCAGCAUUCCUGCCCCCCGAGCUCUGUGGCAAGCACGGCGAUGUAUCUGGAACUGCUGCUGAUAUCUGGUCAAUGGGGGUUUCGCUCUACUGUUUAAAGUAUGGGCGCAUCCCUUUCAACCGCGAUGGCGUUUUGGAUAUGUACGAUGCCAUUCGGUCUGACGAACCCUCUCUCCCUGAAGAUGAGAGCCCAGCCUUUGUCGAUCUCAUGCACAGCAUUCUCAACAAAGAUCCAGAACAGCGCAUAACCAUGGACAAGCUCCGAGAGCAUCCAUGGGUCACCAAGCAAGGCACAGACUGCUUGCUCUCUGCCGAAGAGAACUGUGUCAACAUGGUGGAACCACCCAACGAGCUUGAAGUUAACCGUGCCUUCACCCGCAAGAUGAACCAUCUCCUAUGUGUUAUGAAAGUCAUUCACCGCUUCAAGUCAAUUUUGGCCAAGCAUCGCGCCAGAUCAAACACCAGCACUCCAAAGCAAAACCGUGGCUCGUUUGAUGCAUCGGAGGAGAAGGCCAAGGCCGAGGUGAUUGAGGCAUUGCUUUCCCGAAGACGAGAUUACCAGACACAGAAACAAAAGCCGGGUGCCAGUAAUGGAACGCCCCCAGCACAGGAGUUUGAUUCACAGAACACCACACCGUUCCUUGGUAUCGGCACAGGUAUAAUGGACGAAUUUGCCUCCAACGAGGCUACUCCAGACAUGGUAUCCGACUCGCCAACAGCAGUUGACUUUAACGUUUAUGACCGAGCAUACGAAACCGCGAUCGAAAGCAUCACAUCCAACCCGAAUGUCUCUACGCGCAGGCCAACUGUAUACCUGACCAAGUUCGUUCAGGAUACAGAGAAUCUGAAAGGGGCUUCUGAGGUGGUUGAAAAAGAGGAUACUACCAAACACCCACAGGAUCCACAGACGUCGGACUCAACAGGCUCGGCUCCUAACCUGCUCACCAACCUAACGUCCAAACUAGGCCUGUCGGAUAAGCAAUUGGAUAAGAGUGAGGCCUAA